AUGCCAUCAAUAAACGACACACUUGACCGAGAAUCAGCUACACACCGUGAAGAAAUGUCGAAACCAGUCCUCGCUGUAAUCGGCUCCGGCUGGGGAGGCUUCCAGCUCUCCCAGAAGGUGUCGCUUGCAAAGUACCACAUCAAGGUCAUCUCGCCCACGCGCACAGUACAGUACACACCCCUCCUCGCCAGCGCCGCCUGCGGCCUGUUCAACUUCCGCCUGGCAGAGGAGCCCAUACGGCGCAAGAGCCGGACGGAAAUGGACUAUUACAAGGCCAUCGCCGAGGACGUCGACUUCGACAAGCGGGUCAUCAAGUGCAGGACGGACGCCGAGAUAGGCGGCGAGGGACCGUCCGAUUUCGAGGUCAAGUACGACAAGCUGUGCAUCGCGCCGGGGUGCGCGAUCCAGGACUUUGGCACGCCGGGAGCCAAGGACCACGCCUUCUUCCUGCGGACGACGGACGAGGCCCGGAUGAUCCAGCAGCGGAUCCUGCAGAUGCUGGACAAGGCGACGCUUCCGACGGCCAGCGAGCAGGAACAGCGCGACAUCCUCAGCAUCCGCAUUGUCGGCGGCGGCGCCAUCGGCAUCGAAGCCGCUGCGGAGCUGUGGGACCUUUGGCACGAGGAGAUGCGGUUCCUGUUCCCCCAGCUCGACGGUAAACUGAGCAUCACGAUUCACGACGUCGCGCCCACGAUUCUUACAACCUUCGACGAGAGGCUGAGCGAGUACGCCGUGAAAUCGUUGAAGGGAAAGAGCGUCGGGAUCAAGACGAGCUCGCACAUUGAAAAGGUCGACGGCGAGGCGAUUUACACAAAGGAGGACGGGAAGCUGCCGUACGGGCUGCUCAUCUGGGCUACGGGAAACAAGGCGAAUGACCUGGUCGAGAAGCUUCCCGUCAAAAGACCGGAAAAGGGGCUGCCGCGGAUCCUGACGGAUAAGUAUCUUCGUGUGCUGCGACCUGAUGGGAGCCCUAUGGAGGAUGUGUACGCGUUGGGCGACGCCGCGGAUAUUGACGGGGAGUCGUUGCCUACGUUGGCGGAGGUGGCGCUUCAGAAGGGCGAGUACCUUACGGAGGUGCUGAAUGGAGAUGGGAGCCACUCGAAGCCUUUUACGUACAAGCAAAGGGCUCUGCUGGCGUACUUGGGACGGCACGAUGGCAUCAUCGGCGGCCGGCAGGAUUGGACCGGCGCCAGUGCGUGGUUGGCGUGGCGGUCUGGUAGUCUGGCUUGGACGAGGAGCUGGAGGAGGAGACUGUUCAUUGCGAUAAGCUGGCUUUUCAUCUGGUUAGGAGGUGGUCGAGACAUUGCGAGGCCAUGA